CACUGCCCGAAUAGGCAAGCAUACAUAUGCAAAACCAGAUAGAAGGAGAGAGAAUUCAGCUUCCGAGUAUCGCUAUUCUUCCAAGCCUUCGAACAACGAUGCCGGUCCUGAACCCCUUUCCGCGAAUCUAUCAAGACGAAGAAAACAAUGUGGACACGGAGAGUCAGGACUCUAUUGUCUUUGGGUCAGAUGAAGAAGCGCCUUCUGCAAGGACGACGCCGAAGUGGUAUCGUGGAGGAGGACCCAGACCGUGGAACAGCGUGCUCAAGCUUCGCGCGCUUGGGUCACGACUCUUCAGCACCAAGGAUCCAGAGCAACGAGCAAGGAAGAGAUUGCUUUGGCGAAAGCUCUUCAUUGUAUUCUUGGUAUUGUCCUUCUUCGGUGCUGUCGCAGCCAUUACCUAUAUUUCCCUCGUCGCAGCACUGAUACAUCGGCUCAAUCCUCCUAAAGUCAAUAGUGGACUUCAAUACAUCGUCGACACCUGGAAGCCCGACUCAACCGGGGCAUACAAGUUUGAAUGGAGAGAUGACUUCAGCCGCGAUAUCAUUCCGAAGAACUGCCACUCACACAAUGAUUACUGGCGCUCUGUCCCUCUGUACGAAGCGCUCGCUGCAGGCUGUGUCAGCGUCGAGGCGGAUAUCUGGCUGACCGAUGAUAACGAGCUUCUCGUCAGCCACUCCUGGAAGUCGACGAAGCGAGAGCGGACAUUAAAGAGCCUGUAUCUCGACCCGCUUACGACCAUCUUCACUAAGCGUAAUGUAUCGGUCGCCUCUACGGCAGAUAAAGACAUCGGCAUGUUCGACACCGCUCCGAAUGUCUCGACCAUCCUGCUCAUCGACUUCAAAAGCGACGGGCACAAAACAUGGCCCGUGUUGCUCGAGCAGCUGCAACCGCUUCGCGAGCAAAACUGGCUCACCUACUUCGACGGCGAGCAGCUCGUCCGCGGUCCACUCACGGUCGUCGGCACCGGCAAUACGCCCUUCGACCUUGUGCAGCAGAAUAACACCAACCGCUUCAUCUUCUUCGACGCGCCGCUCGACGACAUAUCCAAUCCCUCGUACACCUCCCAGAACUCGUACUACGCCAGCAUAGCAAUGAAUGAAGCCAUCGGUCGCCUCUGGACUGGUAGCUUCUCUUCUCGGCAGAUCGAUGCGCUGAGGGGCCUGAUUGAAGCGGCAAAGGAUAAGGCAUUGGUGUCGAGGUAUUGGGAUACGCCGUCUUGGCCGAUCUCGCUGAGGGACAAGGUGUGGUUUCAGCUGACGGAUAUGGAUGUGGGAAUGCUGAAUGUCGACGCGCUGACGAGUGCUACGCGGUGGAAUUGGAAUUGGUGUACUGUUGCUGGGUUGAACUUGUGUGGGAAUCGGUAAUGAAUGGGAGAAAGGAGUGCUUGAGAGGUGUUGGCAGGAUU